CCUGUAUGUAAGCUCAUCUUCCCUACAGCCAACACUGCAUCCGACUGAUUCAGUUCAUCAAAGAAACCCGAGCUUUCUCCUCAUCCUUGCUACACGAUAUUGGAGGACCCAGUGUAUAUUGUGUACGCGCGUUGUUGUGUAUCAUACACUGCGCAUGGAACAGACACGGGUGUUGGAAACAUGGUGUUUGGACACAAGGCCCCAAGCAGUCAUCAAGGAUGAUAUCUGAUGACGUAUAACGGAGCUCUUACAUGAAAAUCCUCAGUCCCGUCCGCCGGCUACGAUUGGUCCAGCGCUAAUCGUUUCCAAUUUGUUAGUAAAUAUCUAGUGGAGUAUAUUAUUAGUAUCAUCAAUAUUUGUCCCUCGGGAACCUGGUUUCUUUAUGAUCUAAUUGUGUACGAGAAAGGUUAAACUUUUGUAUGAUUAAGUUUCUAUAAUAAUGUGUUUGGCGUGAAAUCGGAUCGAUACCUAAGACAGUAUUGGGUUAGUUGAGGAGGCUGUUCAAUUAAGGACGAUUUACGCUGCCGGUCUCCAGUGGUGCUGAAGCUGGCGUUGGAUUCGGCAGGUGAAGUCCCGCGUGCGCGGACUGGAAUCAAUGAACCAGCAGACGACUUCUCGCAGGUAGUGAGCGACAGACGACCAAACGACGGACAUGGAAUAUAACACUGACUAUGGAACUGGAAAUAAACGGAAUACGGUACUCUAUGGAUUUGAGAAACCUGUACCUGAAAGCACGCCUUUGAGGGGUGGACCGGAUCAGAACCAUGUCGAUGACGGAUACAUCAAGCACCGGCGGGAGCACAGAAUCCGCAGUGUCACCUCUGAACAGGAACGGGAUAGCUGCUUCCUUUGCCUGCGGAAUGCAUUACAUUGUUAUAAUGUUGUAGUUCUGAUCAUGGGCUGUGGGCUGCUGGGGGUGGGGAUUUGGCUCCUAGUGACCGACUUCAGUGCCCGCGAAAUCACCGUCAUCAUCAACUCGGACAUGUUUGAGAUCGGGACCUACAUGAUUCUGGCGGGUGGGGGACUAGUGGCCCUCCUCGCCUUCUGUGGAUGUUGUGGCACGAUGAGAGAGGACAGAUGCAUUCUGGGAUUUUAUGGAGUAGUCCUGGCCCUGGUAUUCAUGGCCUUGUUAGCUGGGGGAGCAAUGGCAUUUUUAUUCCGAGAAAAUAUAUCUGAGGACAUCAAGACUAAGUUGGAGUACACCCUCCAGACCCAGUACGGACAGGAUGUCCGAGGAAACACCACAAAUCGACUGAUCACCGAUGCCUGGGACUCCAUGCAGAGAAAGUUUGAGUGUUGUGGUCCCUAUAGUUUGGACGAGGACGGUGAAGACUUACGAGGAGCCAAGUCUUGGGACUUUUUUAAAAGCACCAAUUGGUACAUGAGCAAAUCACAAAAAUAUCCUAUGGUACCUGAGAGUUGCUGUAUAGAAGGGGCCGACAAACAGAAAUGUCAAGGCCAAAGCAUCAUCAUGAAAGGCCCGCCCAACUAUGGACCCGCCCAACUACCCAAGAAAUUUGAAUCUCACCUGCACACUGAGGGUUGUUAUGAAAAAGUGAAGAAAUAUUUGACGGAGUACUCUCUAAUCCUGGGAGGCGUGGCGUUUGGUGUACCACUGUUUCUGGUUGUUGGGUCCAUCAUAGCUUUUUGCCUGUGUGCCAGAGUCAAGAAAACGGACACCAGUUUUGAUGAAGAGGAUAUGUAACCGACAAUUAAAACUUUCAAGAGAUGACAAGAUAAAUGAUAGAGGAUCUCAAAAACUGACAGCAACUGACAUUGUUUCAAUGUCAGCAAUGACACACUGCCAAUGGGCAGCAGGUUACCAUGGUAACAGGACCAGUGAACAUUCCCGCCCAGAUCAUGCCGUCACAUUCCAUGGAACAUUCCAGUUGAAGCCCAUGUGUUGUCCCCAUUCACAGAGCCAGUGUAAUUCAUUUUGUGUGUGUCUGUCCGCCAACCAAGGAAGAAAGGUGCGUGUGUGUG